GGCUUGACAUCCAAACAAGUCACCUAGAAAAAUCCAAGCGAGCGGCAGCUCCCGGCUCUAUUGCUGCCCGGGUAUAUGUAUGUGUUUGGCCAUGUCGUAUCCUCAGGGUUACUUGUACCAGCCCUCCGCUUCCUUGGCGCUCUACUCGUGUCCGGCGUACAGUACCAGCGUGAUUUCGGGACCCAGGACCGAUGAACUUGGGCGAUCUUCUUCGGGCUCCGCUUUUUCGCCUUAUGCCGGAUCUACCGCGUUUACUGCCCCUUCUCCCGGUUACAACUCCCACCUCCAGUACGGCACCGACCCGGCAGCCGCCGCCGCCGCCGCCUUCACUUCAUACGUGGGCUCACCCUACGACCACACACCAGGUAUGGCAGGUUCCCUGGGGUACCAUCCCUACGCGGCGCCCCUGGGCUCCUACCCCUAUGGAGAUCCAGCCUACCGAAAAAAUGCCACCCGGGAUGCCACCGCCACCCUGAAGGCCUGGCUGAACGAGCACCGCAAGAACCCCUACCCCACCAAGGGCGAGAAGAUCAUGCUGGCCAUCAUCACCAAAAUGACCCUCACCCAGGUCUCCACCUGGUUCGCCAACGCCCGGCGGCGGCUCAAAAAGGAGAAUAAAAUGACCUGGACCCCCAGGAACCGUAGCGAGGACGAGGAAGAAGAGGAGAAUAUCGACCUCGAGAAAAACGACGAGGACGAGCCCCAGAAGCUGGAAGAAAAGGGUGACCCGGAGGCUCCCGAGACAGGAGGAGAAGAGCAGAAGGCAGCCCCGGGCUGCGAGCGGCUGCAGGAGCCCCACUCCCCGGCGGGCCAGGAGGCCGAGGGCGGCCUGAGUGACUCGGAUUGUAAAGAGCCUCCGGAGGAGAGGCUGGAGGGGAGGCCGGGCCCCCCCAAAGCGGCCGGCCCUGCGGCCUUGCACCAGUACCGGCCCCCUUCGGCAGCCGCCGCCGCCGCCGCCCCCCACCCGGGAGACCUGCACCCCAUCGCCCCCUCCAGCAACAGCACGUCGGUGAUCCACUCGCCGCAACAGGCGGCCCUCGCCAAACCCAAACUCUGGUCCCUGGCCGAGAUCGCCACCUCCGCGGACAAAUCGAGAGAGAGCAGCAGCGAGGUGUCUCCGGGAGCGGGGCCGAACCAGGGCCCUCCCUUGGCCGGGAGCAGCACCUCGCAUUCCCCGUCGCGGUCUCCCUCCUCCCAGUGCCCUUUUCCUAACAGCGCCGUCCUCUCCCGGCCCCUUUACUACGCGUCUCCGUUUUAUCCGGGCUACACGAACUAUAGCACCUUUGGGCACCUUCACAGCCACGCUGGCACCAACCCGGCCGCCGGAGCCCCCAGCAGCCAUUUCAAUGGAUUAAACCAGACUAUUUUAAACAGAGCAGAAACCUUGGCUAAAGAAACUAAAAUGAUCAGAAGCCAAUCCCAAGUAGAUCUUUGCAAAGACUCACCUUACGAACUGAAGAAAGGUAUGUCCAACAUUUAAUAUUGGCUUCUUCUCCGAUAACUCCCCUUGGGACUUUGGUUUUUUUAAUUUAUUUAAUGCUUUGGCAGUUAUUUUUCCACUACCAAGAGAAAAA